GUCCUCAGAGACAGAUAAUGGAUAAAACAUAUUACCUUGGACUGCUGAGAAGCAAAACAAAUGAACUCACAACAGAGAUUAACAAGCUCCAGGAAGAAGUAGAAAUGUACAAGCAAGAGAAAUCAAUCUAUUUGUCAUAUGAAAAAAGGGCAGAGGCUUUAGCUGGUGAAAUCAAGGAAUUUCAAGGUCAUCUAGCAGACUACAACAUGGUAGUGGACAUGCUUAACACCAAUACGGAUGUAGCAGAAAUGAUUCGAGAUUACAAUAUGUUAAAGGUUCAGAAUGACCGGGACACUCAGAGCGUGGAUAAAAUUUUCACAGAACGACAAGCCACAGAAAAGUUAAUGCAAGCUGUAGAAGAAGAUAUUGAACGUGAAAAGGUUGCAGCAGAUGACAUAAUAAAAGACAUGUCACAGGAAGACCAAGCUAAAUAUAUGGAGAUGAAGGCUGCAAAUGAAAAACUCUCCCAGGAACUGGUUGUUCAACAGCAGGAACUGGAUGCACUACAUGUAAAGGAGGAGGCCCUAAGAGCUGAAAUAGCACAUUCCCAGGUGAAACAGGAGGCUGUGCAGCUGUAUGAAAAGCUCCAUGAGCUGGAGGAACGUCGAGAUCAAAUGAUUGCUGAGGAUAAGAACAUGGAAUCUCCACAGGAGGAAAGAGAGAGAUUACUAAAGCAGGUUAAGGACGAUAGUCAAGAAAUAGCAAGCAUGGAGAGACAGCUGACAGAAGUAAAAGAAAAAACAAAUCAUUUUAAAAAGGUCAUUCAACGACUUGAUAUGGAUCUGGAGAAUCACCAAGGAGAGGAAAAUUGGAAAUACAAGGAGCUGAAGAAGAGGGAAGAGAGCAUGGACAAUUUUCUUGAGACUUUUGAAGAGGUGAAGAAUCAGGAACUGCAGCGAAAGGCCCAAACAGAAGCCAACAUUGUUGCCCUCCUGGAGCACUCAAGCAGGAAUGUGAAUCGUAUGAAACAAAUUUCAUCUGUUACUAAUCAAGAGCUGAAGAUUAUGCAGGAAGACCUCACUUUCAAAUCAAAUGAAAUGCAGAAAUCACAGAGCACUGCAAAGAAUCUGAUUACAGGUGAGAUUAGAAAUUAA